UGAUUAAUAAAAUGUGCUGUAUGUGAUCGCCAUAUUUGUCGCGUAUAGAAAUAAAUAUUUUGAUAAAUUUCAAUAAAUGUUGCAAUAAACUGAUUUAAAUAAAUAAUACAUAAUUCAUAGUUUUCAAAUUAAUAAAUAUUAAAUAAGUUUUGUUUUAUUAGAUUUAUAUAUUUGAUAUUCUGCCCAGCAACAACAGUCAUUUUGGUGAGGAGAUCUGUCGAGAAUAAAAUGGCAGAAGAUUUCGAUAUUGAGGCAAUGCUAGAAGCACCCUAUAAAAAACACGAUGAGGUCAACAACCACAAUGAUCGAUCGAAGGAAAAUGGGACCAGCAAUCAUGAGUCCAGUAAAUUAUCUGGAAAAUCUCGGCAUCGAUCACGCAGUCGUUCCAAAGAUCAUCGCAGUAAAUCGAGAGAUCGGCGUAGUAAAUCAAAGGAUCGUCGAAGCCGAUCACGAGAGAGACGUUCAUCUCGAGAUAGAAUCAGAAGCCGUUCAAAGGAUAAACGUCGAGGAAGCCGAGAUCGUGAUAGAGAUCGUCGAAGUAGAUCAAGAGACAAGCGCCGGGUGAGCCGUGAAAGAGAUACCAGAAGACGCAGUCGAGAUCGUGACAGUCGACGUAGAAGCCGUGACAAAGAUCGUCGUCGAUCAAGAUCAAGAGAUAGGCGUGAUAGACGUCGUUCACCUUCCCCUAUUCGAGCUUGGCAACCACCUAGAGGUGGAAGAUCUCCACCUCAAAGACGAGGACCACCACCACCACCUGAAGAUGAUAUUAGCCCAGAAGAACGCGAUGCCAGGACGAUAUUUUGUAUGCAACUAUCUCAACGUAUUCGAGCAAGAGAUUUGGAGGAAUUCUUUAGUUCAGUUGGUAAAGUUCGAGAUGUUCGUCUUAUUACUUGUAACAAGACUAGGCGUUUCAAAGGAAUUGCAUACAUUGAAUUUAAGGAUCCUGAAUCAGUACCGUUGGCGUUAGGAUUAUCUGGACAAAAGUUAUUAGGUGUUCCAAUUGUCGUACAAAAUACGCAAGCCGAGAAAAAUCGAAUGGGUAAUUCUAUGCCCAAUUUAAUGCCAAAAGGAAUGACUGGGCCUAUGCGAUUGUAUGUUGGAUCUUUACAUUUUAACAUCACAGAAGAUAUGCUUCGAGGAAUAUUUGAACCAUUUGGUAAAAUCGAUAACAUACAGUUAAUAAUGGAUCCAGAAACGGGACGAUCAAAAGGUUAUGGAUUUAUUACAUUUAACAAUUGUGAAGAUGCCAAAAAAGCUUUAGAACAAUUAAAUGGUUUUGAGUUAGCUGGUCGUCCAAUGAAAGUAGGCAAUGUAACAGAACGAUUAGAUUUACAACAAACUCAAGCACCAUCAAUAUUAGAUUCUGAUGAACUAGAUCGUUCUGGAAUUGAUUUAGGUGCAACUGGUCGACUUCAGUUAAUGUUCAAAUUAGCAGAAGGUGCUGGUUUACAAGUACCAGCAGCAGCUGCAAGCGCAUUGAGUAUGACAACUGGGCAAGGAGCCCCAGUUGCAUCUGCGGCUGCUCCACCUAUAGCUACACAAUGUUUUAUGUUAAGUAAUAUGUUUGAUCCAGUUGAAGCAGCUGCAACAGAUCCAAAUUGGCACGUAGAAAUUCGUGAUGAUGUCAUCGAAGAAUGUAAUAAACAUGGUGGUGUUUUACACGUUUAUGUUGAUCGAGCUUCACCUCAAGGCAAUGUUUACGUUAAGUGUCCAUCAAUUGCCACAGCUGUAGCUUCAGUGAAUUCCUUACAUGGACGAUGGUUUGCUGGUCGUGUUAUUACAGCUGCUUACGUACCAUUAUUAAAUUACCAUUCGUUAUUCCCUGAUGCCAUGACAGCACUAACGUUACUAUUACCCACGCGGAAGCCUGCGUGAAAAUUAAAGUAAUUUUUUAGUUUUCUCUUUACGUUAUUUUAAAUUUAUAGACUUCAAUGUGUAAAAAUAUUUGGGUAACUGUGGUAUCCAACAUUUGUCGCACGAAAUAAAUCAACACAGUUUUUUUAAUAUUUUUGUAAUAAAAUAUUUUUUUUGUUGGAAAAACAUUCCUUUGGAUAAACGCGGGACAUAGUACACAAACAAAAAUAAAAAUCCAACAUCCGCACAUUAAAGCUUUGUUUAUUAACAUCCAAGUUUGAAGUCAUUUCGCACCUAGCACAACAAUGUUCGUCGACAAUAAAUAAAUAGAGCAAGUCAGUUGCAGAAGAAAAAAAAGAACAAGAA